AUUGCUGAUGUUUUUCUGUAUUCAAUUUAACAAUUCGAAUUUAUCGUAAAGGUCAAAGGUCAUGUAAUAGGAGUUGGGAGAGUUUGCUAGUACGUGUUUCUGAAGCCAGUAAAGAUUACAUUGGUGGAUUACAAUUAAUGUUCAAUCGUUCCUGUGGGUUCGAGAGCUACAAUGAGCAAAAAAAGUGAUAAAGAGACCCAUGAGCUGAUAGAAGGUUUUAGGGCCAAAAUAAAAGAGUUAGAGCAGGAAGUUUCCACACUGAAAGGGCGACUAGAUGGCCUGAGAAAGGCGAAGAACACAACCAUCACCAAACGUGAGAGAGAGGUCCUCGAAGUUGGCUUCAAGAGAGACCCGCAUUAUGAAGCCAAGAUUGAAGAGUUGGAGAAAAAGCUACGAGAAAAAUCAGCUGCACAUGCCAAGGAAAUAGAAGACUUAAAGAAACAUCAUAGUGAUGAAUUGCAAGCUGCUGAGAAGAAACAGAAAGAAUUGCAGCGUCAGCUUGAUGACUUAUUGAAGAGACUUGAGACCGAGCGCAAAGAUCUUCUUGAUAAGCUUGAAAAGCAAAAGAAAGAGGGAGUCAGUAAUAAUGAUGCAGAGCUCAACAAACUGCGACUGAAGAUCUCCCUAUUAGAGGGAGACAAUGCAGCCCUGCUAGUGGAGAAUGCAGACUUGAAGGAAAGAGUUAACUCCCUUCACUUGGAGCUCAGUGUAAAGGAGGCAAAAUGGUGCGAAAAGGAGGAACAAUACAAGUUAAAGUUAAAACAGCAGUGGGGUGAUAAGUACGAGGAGUGGAUGAGAGAGACGGAGACAAAGAUUCAGGAGCUGCAGGAAACCAAUACGAUGCUGCGUACAUACCUCCACAGGUCAGGUCAGCGUCUUCCAGACAACCCAGGCGCCCAGGGGACGUGAUGACUCUCACCCUUACAGAUUAUUCUUAUUAUCAUAGUGUUUGUUUUUUAAUUUGUGAACAAGCCCUUUUUCAGAAAUUGUUUCAUAAUUAAUAACUUUUUAUACGAAACCGUCCAGUUUGUCUUCAUGUAAAAAAUCUAGAUCUCAAUUUAUUUUUAUGGUGUUAUAGCGAAAAAAAGAAUAAAGUUUUGUUAACAUAUAUUAUUGUAUUGUUGAUAUUAGUUGUCGUUGUUGUCUUAAAAGUUAUUCUUUGACAUCAUUAGUGUUGUGUUCUAGUUGCUUUUGCCACAUAUUUAUCAAUAAAGAUGUUAAUUGAUAGAUAUUUGCUUUUGCAAAGAAAUAUAAGUGUGCUAAAUUUUAAUUUUGUUGAAUGGGAAAAAUAUUUGUAUAAUGCCAGACAGUUUAUUUUGUAGAUGGAUGUUCAUUUUAUUUUAAUUAUUUAUGUUAAAAUUACUACUUUUUAAAGGCAAAGAUUCAUUGACCUGUUUAAAUUUUAAAAUGUGAAGAAUUUAUGUAUUGCAUGAACUGUUAAAAAAAAUUAUGUAUACAUUUGUAGUUUUAACAUUUCAAUAAAGCAGUUCAAAUUUCGUACUGUAAUCUAGGAAAGUAAAAAACAACACUAUAUUAAUCUGUAAAAAAAGCAACAUGAUGAUGUACAUGUGUGAACAUUUUCUAGAUGAUUCAAUUUAAGGUAUGUCUUGGUUAAGGUUAAAUAAAUUAACGGUUGAUGGGGUUUUAAUUUUCUGCACCAUUGCCUCAUGUUUAACUUUACUUGGUUUAUGUCUUGAGAUGUAUAUUUCUCCUGUGAUAUUUACAAACAUGUAAUUAUCUAAUGCAGUUGUUGAACCUUGUAAAACAAUUUUUUUAUUGCUCAACAGCAACCUUCAAUUGUGUUAUUUUCUCAUGCUGUUCGUUUUCACUGACAGAUCACAGAUGUUAUUCAUCCUUUAUUACCUGAAUGUUAGAGAGGUUGGCUAUGAAUCCAAGAAGUUCGUGUUUGAUCCAUGGCGUGCCUACAUAAGUUGUGAGGGGAUUAAUCAUUAAAAAAAAUAUUUGAGCCUUGUUCUGAGAAAACUGGGCUUAAUGCACGUGCGUAAAGUAUGGUCCCAGAUUAGCCUGUGCAGUCCCCACAGGCUAAUCAGGGACGACACUUUCCACCUAAACGUGAUUUUCGGUAAGGAGGGACUUCCUUGAAAGUAAAAAUACCAUGAAAGCGGAAAGUGUCGUCCCUGAUUAGUCUGUGCUGACUGCACAGGCUAAUCUGGGACGACACUUUACGCAGAUGCAUUAAGCCCAGUUUUCUCAGAACGCGGCAAAUUUCUAGUUGUUGGCCUAAGGUUGUGUAUUUAUUACUUGUAAGCCAGCUAACCAAGGACAUUUGUGAGUUGGUAAAUUGGUCUCCUUUAUAUCUUGAAAAAACUGUUGAAAAUGGCGAAACAUAUGUAAACUAACAAGAAAACAUAAUUAUGUUACUGUGUGUAUACAGAUCAGGGCAUUGUCUUAUAAAAGAUCUUGCAACUUAUUUAAUUUACAACUGCUGUUUUAGCGCACAACAGAGAGGCAAUCAAAUAUGUUCCUAAAAAAAAGGGAAUCCAAAAGAUGGAAAGAAAAAAAGAGUAUAGAAAAUAACAAAAAGUGCAGGUUGCUGCUAAACAAUUAUAAAAAAAUAUCUUAAAUUUGUCUUAUGAGUUUUAAUAACACAAGCUCCUGAACAUUUUCAGACAGUUUCUAUCCCAACAAAAAGCAACAUUGGGAGAUUAAGAAAACAUAACACGACUUGUCUACCUAUAAGUAACAGUUUCGGCCAAAUUAUUCCUGCUCAUUACUUUGUUGGACAAAUAAUUCUGAAAUGUGAUAUUUAUCCUGUGAUAUUUAUAUUAUACAUGUGAUACCAGUAAUGUGAUAUUAUUUAUCUUGUGUCAGUAAGCCUGAUAUAUAUUUGUUCAAACAUGCAACUAUACUGCCACCCGUAUGAAAUACAAAACCAUGUCUAUAAAAAAACUGAUGCAAUUAAUAAAAAAGCCAAUUAUUUCAUAAAAAAACACUUGCAAUUUAUUGUUGGACAAGCUUAUUUAAAUCUUAAACUGUUGGAAAUGAUACGCUUUUUUCUAUGUCAUUUUUGUAAACGCAAAUGCAUAGUUUUGAUCUUAAACUAGGUACUAGUGUUAUAUUGUGAUGUUUUUUAUUAGUCACCUACCGGUUUCACCGGUGGGGACUUAUGGUUUGCGCUCCGUGUGUCAGUCAGUCUGUCACUUCGUCACACUAAUCUGGAUCCUGCGAUAACUUUAAAAGUUCUUCAUAUUUUUGAAACAUGGAAAUAUGGCAAUAUGGAGAGUAUGCACGUGAUUUCAUUUCGUUCCUACGUCAAUAAUUCUGGUUACUAUGGCAACAAAUAGACUAGAAAUACUGCUGACAAUGGUGGUUUUCUGGAUCCUGUGAUAACUUUUAAAGUUCUUAAUAUUUUUUCAUGAAACUUGAAACAUGGAUAUAUGGCAAUUUGGACAUUAUGCACGUCAUUUCAUUUUGUUCCUUCGUAAACAAUUCUUGUUGCUAUGGCAACAUUUUUUUUUUAAAUCUGAAAAUGGUGGAAUUACUGACAAUGGUGGAGCCGGUAGGGGACUAAUAUUGCUUGACAAUAGUCUUGUUUUAUUUAAUGUUUAAAAAAGACUAACUUUGAUUUCACAACAGUAAAUGUGUGUCCCUAUUACAACGUUAUUUUCUCGAUUUCCACAAAUGUCGUUAUCUUUAAUUGUGAGUUGUUAAUGCACAUAUAAGAGUUCAAUAAAGAAACGUUACUAGUC